UGAAAUCGCAGGCUGAUCGUCAACUUUAUUAAUUCUAUACUAAAUCAUAGUAAGCAUACCUAUAUGAUCGGUAUAGAAACCGUAGCAUGCUCAUCUAACUAGUCAACCAUAAAGCUAUGUUAACCGACCAAACUAGCCACCUCAAGCGCCAUCUUGUUCGCUGCGGCUUGCUGCGGCUACAAUCCGGCUGCGGCUGCGGCUUCUACAGUAUUUUUCUCUCUAUGGAUUGCAGCUGCAGCAAUCCAAACAGCUGCAACAGUGUCGGCUUGCAGCCAGCCGAACACGCCCAUACUUGUUGUUGCAGUCGGGAUCGUGCCUGCCUGCCUGCUCAUUGGAUCUGAGCGCAAGAACUCCAGAUCGAUCAAGUGAUAGAAGCAGAAGGAAGCAAAGCAGACAACACAGAACACAUCCAUGAUGAGAAUGAAAAGCAAUGGGAAGCCUACCUCCUACUCCUACGCCGCCGAGCUAAAAACAAGUCCAACUCGAAGGGGAGUCCGUUGGUCAGAGGCAGGGCUGGCCGACGCACGGGAACACGUGUGCUAAUGUCACCCACCACGCGGCAGCGGCAGUGACCGCGUCCAGGUCCAGCUGCUCCUGCUUCGCCUUCCCUCCGCAAGCAAGGCGCCAGCCCCCGUUCCGUUUCACACGCCUCCUUCCUUCCUUCCUAGCCCUUCCGUCCUGUCCAGACUCCAGACUCCCUCCACACCAGUAGGGACUAGGGAGGACGCCGCCACUGCGACCUGCCGGCAGACGUCUGCCCCCUGCUUCCGGCAUCCGGACUCCCCUGCGCCGCAGUUACGUUACGCCGGCGAUCUCCUCGGCUCAACCCGGGGCCUUUCUCUCUGCGCCCCGCCAGCUGGUCGUGCGCGGCGUUGCUGUCUUCCCCGAUUCAUUCCUUUGGCGUUCUGUUCUGUUGCUCAUAAUCUGGCCCGUUCUAGUUCUAGAAAAAGUUGGGCCUCGUUGCCUAUAGGCUGGGGUUGGCCGUUCAAUUUCUCACCGUGUCUGACAAGUCGCAAGUCGCAUUCUUUGUGUGCGACUGCUACUGGUAUUUGUGCGCGUUUUUUUGUUGUUGUCAAAAUCUGGUCAUCCAGAAAACUACCAGUGGUCACCUGAAGAAAAUUAGACAGCUCGCACCAGCUCCAACACCGUUUGUUUCUUCGGUUGGUAAUCCACCAACUGAUCAGCCCAGCUGCUAGCAACCCAGCAGGUGAAGGAGAAUGGCGGGAGGUGGCACGGGCAUCAGGAAAUACAUGGGGGCUCUUAAGGACACCACAACAGUCAGCAUAGCAAAAGUAAACAGCGAUUACAAGGAGCUGGACAUUGCUAUUGUGAAGGCCACAAACCAUGUCGAGAAUCCAACAAAGGAGAAAUACGUGAGAGAUAUCUUUUACCAUCUUUCACCCGGAAGGCCUCGGGCAGAUGUCGCCUACUGCAUCCGCGCCCUUGGUAGACGUCUUUCAAAGACACGCAAUUGGGCGGUUGCUAUGAAGACAUUAAUUGUCAUACACCGUGCUCUUCGGGAAGUUGAUCCUGCUUUCCGUGAAGAGCUUAUUAGUUAUGGAAGAUCUAGCUCCCAUAUGCUCUAUCUGUCAUACUUUAAGGACGAUUCUAGCGCAGAAGCUUGGGAUUACUCUGCUUGGGUGCGCAAUUAUGCUUUAUAUUUGGAGGAGAAACUUGAAUCAUUCCGUGUACUGAACUAUGAUGUUGAAAAGGAUCCGUUGCAAAUUCGGGAUCUUGAUACAAAUGGAUUGCUCGAUCAGUUGCCAGCUUUACAGCAGCUUCUUUUCCGACUACUUGGUUGCCAGCCACAAGGGGCGUCAUCUUAUAACGUCAUAAUUCAGCAUGCACUUUCAAUGGUUGCUCUAGAGAGUGUUAGGAUCCAAACAGCCAUCAAUGACGGGAUACUCAAUCUUGUUGACAAGUUCUUUGAGAUGCAGAGAGAUGACGCAAUAAGGGCACUGGGCAUGUAUAGAAGAGCAAUCGAGCAGGCAGAACAACUUUCAGAAUUUUAUGAAGUGUGUAAAAGUAUACAUAUUGGGCGGGGUGAGAGAUUCCUAAAAAUCGAACAGCCGCCUGCAUCCUUCUUGGCGACUAUGGAGGAAUAUGUGAGCAAUGCUCCCCUUGCUUCAACAGUUCAAAGAAAUCAGGCUGUACUGGCCAUAGAGGACAGCAAAAAAUCAGAAGUUGAAGAAUCACAACCAACGCUGCCUCCUCCCCACUCUCCAGCUCAAGAAUCUGGGCCUGAGCCAGUUCAACAAGUCCCACCUGCAGCUGAUCCAACAGAUUUACUGGGAAUCAAUGAACCAACCCCUGCCACAUCUGAAAUAGAUCAAAAGAAUGCGGGGGCCUUGGCCAUGGUUCCACAGGAUAAUGCGCCAAAAGCACCUGCUUCUACUACCAGUUCUGGAAGUGUGGAGACUAGCUGGGAGCUGGCCUUGGUCACUGCACCCAGUUCAAAUGGGACUGCUGUCACUCCAAGCAAAUUGGCCGGUGGGCUGGACUUGCUUACACUCGACAGCUUGUACAACGAGGCGCACCGAAGAGCGCAGCAGAACGCAAGCUACAACCCUUGGGAGACCAAUCCAGCGUCAGGCCCAGUGAUGCAGCAGCAAAUGUACGACCCGUUCUACGCCUCCAAUCACCCCGUGGCCGCAGCCCGCAACGUCCAGAUGGCUGCCAUGGAGCAGCAGCAGCAACAACAACAUGCCUUCGUGCUCCAGCAGCAGCAGCAGCAGCAGAUGAUUGUGAUGAUGAUGGCACAGCAGCAGCAGCAGCAAGCUUCUUCCAAUCCGUUGUAUACGGCCGCCGCCGCCCACACGUAUGGUGCAGGGGUGCAGCUCCACGCGGGCAACGCGUACUCUGGAGCUGGGAUGAUGUAAGCGUUGCACAGAACCUGCUGUCUGGUUCUGACCGGCAUCUUCCGUUCUUUCUUGUUUUUUCUCAUUAUUUUCUUGCAUUUUUUUUUACAUUGUAAGAACUGUGUUAGGGCUAGAACUAGAAAUCUGAUAUAGCAUCAAUAUGAGCACAUUCUUGAUGUUCAUGACCAAUAAUGGUCGAUGCGAUGAUGGCUUUGAACUGAAGCACUAAAAUAGUAUCGAUCCUUGCAAAUUUA